AUGAUAUUUGCGGGGGAUUUUGCUCAAUUGCCCCCCGUCCACGGCCCUCGCUUGUACGACAGAAAAGUACAGACAGACGUGGAGAGAAAGCGCAUGUCUCUCGCUGUACAGAUGAAUAUAAUCGGCAAAGCGAUGUGGCAUCAAGUGACGACGGUCGUUAUCCUGUCGGAGAAUAUGAGGAUGAGGUCGGCGACGCCUGAGGAUCGCGCCAUGGCACGUGCCUUGGCAAAUAUGAGAUACGCAGCGUGCACCUUGGAAGAUAUCACUUUCUUGCGCAGUCGUGUAGUCGGCAGCAAUCCUUUCGCGCCUAGUCUCAGCGACCCCAAGUUCAGGGAUGUAUCCAUAAUAACUGCUUGGAAUUCUGAGAAAGAUGCUUUCAACGAGCUAGGAGCCAAAAGAUUCGCCGAGGAUACUGGCCAAGAACUCACCUCGUUCUACUCGUGCGACACGCGAGCAUCCGAGGAUACUGUGCCCGCUAAGAAGAAGGAUAAGAAAAGGCGGAGGAAGGCGACCGUUCAGGGAGGAUCUGGAUUAAGCGAGCCUAUGCAAAGCGUGCUUUGGUCUUCGUUACCUUGCUUCACCGGACACGUCGCUGGCCGCCUCGAUCUGUGUAAGGGUAUGCCUGUCAUGAUACGCUCGAAUAUCGCCACAGAGCUGUGCAUUACAAGAGGUCAGGAGGCGAUUGUAUACGACUGGUCAAUGUCUCGAGGGGAAGAUAAGCAGCGGAUUCUCGACGUACUAUAUGUCAAGCUCGUCAACCCACCGAAGACGGUAAAUAUUGAGGGAUUAGAAGAGAACGUCGUACCAUUGACUCCUCACAAGGAGCCGCGAUUGCGUUGCCAACUGCCAAAUGAUCAAGUAGUCACGAUUGAGCGUCGUCAAAUCCCUGUCUUACUCAACUUCUCGAUGACGGACUAUGCGUCCCAAGGAAAGACAAGGCCUGUCAAUGUCGUCAACCUAUCAAAUUCGCGAUCUCACCAAUCGUAUUACACUGCUCUUUCCCGCAGUUCAUCGGCCGCAGGAACUGCCAUCGUGUCUUCAAUCAACGAGCCUGUCAUAACGAGAGGACUCGAUGAUCAGCUAAAGCGAGAAUUCAGAAACCUUGAGCUACUCAACGACAUUACCCGCCUGCGAUACUUGAAGCAGCUACCGGCCUCAUCCGACGACUCCAUGGUCCGCUACAAGGGAUAUCGUUAG